UUUUGUAGGUAUUGAUCAUGGUCAGAGAAUGUUACAUGUUCAAGAAGGAUGGGAGGUGUAGGUUUGGAGACAGCUGCCGUUACAAGCAUAUAAAGAGGAACAAGAUAACUACCAAAAAUGAUAACACAUCCUCCAGAAUAUGUCCUCUCUUCACAUCAAAGGAAGGAUGCAAAGGUGGGUGCAAAAUGGCCCAUGCUUUUAAGGAAGACACUGAGUUGCUUGAAAUGUUCGACAAUGGGAUUGGCAUUAUCAAUAUACAGAUGAAAGAAAUUGACAAGCUAAAACUUCAAAUGGAAAUGAUGCUGAAGCUUGGGGAGAAAGACAUGUAUGAUCUACCAACACCAACACCCUCUGACACAUCUACCAUUUCUUCUUCCCAAUAUGUUAGUUUUACACAAAAAACGGGAAAUCCACCAUCACUAACAUUUAGUUCAUUUCUUGGACAAUCUGAUAACUCAAGAUAUAAACAUGAAACAAGGGCUACACCAGAUGAUAUCUCUGAAGAAUCUACCAUGUCAUCUAGGCUGCAAACUUUGCCAAGGUCUGAGACAAAUGUUGCCAAUGUUUACAAAGAACUGCGUGGAGAUGAAUACGUUCGUGAGAUACAACAGAUAGAGAGAUUGUAUAGAGGCAAAUGUCAGGUACUGAAAAAUGAUUAUGGUGCCAUGCUGCAGAUAGUUAUGAAACCAACAGACCCAGACUGGAAUCUUACCAUACUUGAAAUAAAUCUUGAUGUUUUUGUUCCACUUGAAUAUCCCACUGCAAGUUGUAGCAUUGAGUUCUGUGAUGAACGAAUCAGUGAGUCAACAGCAGAGUCCAUCAACACUGCGAUAAAGGAAGAAUUGGCAAUGCGUGAGGGUUCACCAUGCCUGCGUCCAAUGUUGCGAUGGAUUGAACGAAACAUUAAAGAUAUGCUGCAACCAGAAUCUCAAUUUCACACUCAUUCCUCUCUAAAAGUUUACAAAAAAGGAGAGAUAGAAUGGAGUGACUCUGGCUCAGAUGGCAGUAUCGAAGAGGAUGAAACUAGAGCCGAUGUUUCUGCACCAGUGCCAGAUCAAAGUGGAGAAUUCCUUGACAAGGAAGUUGGAACCUCAAUACGGCUUAUAGACAUCAACCUUCACGGCACAAGUCAUGGUCUGGUCCCUCAACAAAUCCUCUUUCUUGUACAGUGUCUAAGAUGUAAAACACAGGUUGAACUUGUUGUUGCUCCCAACUCUAGUAAGAAUGUAGCCUGUCCGCGGUGCUCUUGUGAAUUGGCGUGCAAGCUUUACAAGAAAUUGUGUCUGCCUGGCACUGUGUCCAUAGCUUGUGUUGAUCUGAUCGGGUGUAGUGUUGCUGAUGUUAUUCUUUCCAGAAGUCAGAUUUUGAGUAUCUGUACAGAGUGCUCCUCCUCAACUUCUCUCGGACUUGCCUCAGGUACGAACAACGAGACAUGGUGCUUGUCUUGUGGACACAAGAUGUCGAUAUCAUUCGAAGGCAUCAAGAUUAUCGUUGUUAACCCACCCCUCACAAGCGGCAAACAACGAUCUAAAACAAAAGUUAACAAAGGUUACACAGAAGGACAGCCUCUGCCGGAAAAAGGGACUUGCAAACACUACAAAAAGUCUCAGAGGUGGUUCAGGUUUAGUUGCUGUGGUAGGUUGUUCCCCUGUGAUAAAUGUCACGACGCGCAGGUCCCUGACUGUCCCUUGGAGCAAGCUAAUCGUAUGGUUUGCGGGCUGUGUGCUAAAGAGCAGCCCGUACGCGGUCAGUGUAAAUAUUGCCAUGGUGAGAUAUCGGGUUCGUUAAAAUCACACCAUUGGGAAGGAGGAAAGGGAUGCAGAGACAAGAAUCGAAUGAGCAACAACGACAGUCGAAAACAUAAAAACUCUAAAUUGAAAACGCAGUCUCAAAAAGAUAAGAGAGUGGGUCAACAAAAGAAGAAGGAAACUGGUGAUGAUUAAAAAUUUAGCGUACGAUUUAUUGUUGUGUAAUUUCGGGAUAAUAAAAUUUAAAAUCUGUGUCUUGAAGUUCAAAUUGCUUUGCGACAUUUCAAUGUUUUUUACGUCAA